AUGAAAGUUGCUGCGCUGAUCUCCGGCGUUGCGCUGGCCCUGUCCGGUGCCAUCGCUGCCCCCGGUGCUAUCGACCCGGACGAGUUCUCGCUGGCUUUGCUGGGUCGAGCGUUGCCCAAUGCCCCCGAUGGAUAUACCCCGACCAGUGUGAGCUGCCCAGCCAGUCGCCCGACGGUACGCAGCGCCGCCAGUCUGUCCCCCAAUGAGACCGCAUGGCUGGAGACUCGUCGCAAUAAGAGUCUGUCGGCCAUGAAGGACUUUUUCGGCCAUGUCCAGGUCGGCGACUUCGAUGUGACUUCAUACCUGGAGACCCACGCGAGUAGUCCCUCGAAUCUGCCGAACAUCGGUAUUGCCGUGUCCGGUGGUGGUUACCGCGCGCUGAUGAACGGUGCUGGUGCUAUCAAGGCAUUUGAUAGCCGUACGAAUAAUGCAACUGCCAGUGGUCACCUGGGUGGAUUGCUUCAGUCGGCUACUUAUGUCUCCGGGCUGAGUGGUGGUAGCUGGCUGCUGGGGUCGAUCUACAUCAACAACUUCACCACCAUCUCGUCGCUGCAGACCCAUACGGCUGGUGCCGUGUGGCAGUUUGGGAACUCCAUCCUCAAGGGCCCGGAUACCGGUGGUGUUCAAAUCCUCGACUCGGCCAGUUACUACAAGGACCUGGCAACGGCUGUCGAGGACAAGAAGAAUGCUGGCUUUGAUACCUCCAUCACCGAUAUCUGGGGCCGAGCUCUCUCCUAUCAAAUGUUUAACGCCAGCAAUGGAGGUAUUGACUACACCUGGUCAUCCAUCGCCCAGACCAAGGAUUUCAUCGACGGCAACUACCCCAUGCCUCUCGUCGUAGCAGACGGCCGUAAUCCCGGCGAAAAGGUGGUAGGCAGUAACUCCACCGUGUACGAGUUCAAUCCCUGGGAGUUUGGAACCUUUGACCCGACCAUCUAUGGCUUCGCUCCUCUCCAAUUCCUCGGGUCCAGAUUCGUGGGCGGCUCCCUCCCCAGCAACGAGAGCUGUAUCGGCGGCUUUGACAGUGCCGGCUUCAUCAUUGGAACCUCGUCCACUCUAUUCAACCAGUUCCUACUUCAACUCAACACCACCUCGCUCCCGACUUUCGCGAAGAACAUCUUCACGGACAUCCUAAACAAGCUGGACAAAGCCGACGACGACAUCGCAUCCUACGAUCCCAACCCGUUCUACCACUACAACAACCAUUCUUCCCCCUAUGCCUCGCAAACCGAGCUCGACGUCGUCGACGGCGGCGAAGAUCUACAAAACGUCCCUCUACACCCCCUCAUCCAACCCGUGCGCCACGUCGACGUGAUCUUCGCCGUUGACUCCUCCGCCGACACAACCUUCAGCUGGCCCAACGGCACAGCCCUAGUCGCCACCUACGAGCGUAGCCUAAACAGCACCGGCAUCGGCAACGGCACCGCGUUCCCCGCCAUCCCAGACCAAAACACCUUCGUCAACCUUGGCCUCAACACACGGCCCACCUUCUUCGGCUGCAACAGUUCCAACCUCACCGGCCCAGCCCCGCUAGUCGUCUACGUCCCCAACUUCCCAUACUCGGCCCUGUCCAACGUCUCCACCUUCACCCUCUCGUACAACGACACCCAGCGCGACGACAUCAUCCUCAACGGCUACGAGGUCGCCACCAUGGCCAACAGCACCCGCGACGGGAACUGGACUGCCUGCGUGGGCUGUGCCAUUCUCGCCCGCUCCUUUGAGCGCACCAACACUACCCUCCCCAGUAUCUGUACCCAGUGUUUCUCGAAUUACUGCUGGAACGGCACCGUCAAUUCCACCACGCCAAAUGAGUUUGAGCCCACGGCGUUGUUGGGUGUCAAGUCGAGUCGGGCGGGGAUUUUGAUGCCGACUGUGUUGUCGGCUGUUGUGGCGACUGGUGUGGCACUGUUUGCGUUGGCGUAG